CCCUCUCUUCCUCUCUUUCUGGUCUAUUGUAUACACUGUCACGGUCGACCAGGUUUAGACGACACAUGUGGAGAGAUCAUGCGGAUACACAACUCGUUGAUAUAGCUCGCUACUUUCUCACUGAGAAGGAUAUUGAUUGGGACUCUGCUUGUAUUGUGUGGCAGGAGCCAAGCAGUUACAUAAAUCUAGCUCUUAUUUAUCCAACGACCAUUUUAUUACUCAAGUCUUUAAGUGUGCUUUCCAUGUAGGAGUGGGACCGAAGUCAUAGAACCACGUAAGACCAGGUAACGGAGUUGAGGACAACAUGGCCAACUUUCAGAGGAAUGGUCGAGAACCCAAAAGAGGGGGAUCUCCAAAUAUAAAACCGUCAACCACAAAAUACGACUACUCGACAUACCGGCUAUCAUCCCCGCUAACCGAAAUAAAAGCCACGUACGAUGUGGUGGUUAUCGGAUCCGGUUACGGAGCGUCUAUUGCUGCUAGUCGGUGUGCUAGAGCCGGUCAGUCGGUUUGCGUACUAGAAAGAGGGAAGGAGUGGUGGCCAGGAGACUUCCCAGAAAGCGAACUCAAAUCUGUCAACGAGCUGCAGGUGACAAGACCGGGACAUAAAGCCAUCUUUGGUAAAGAGACUGGUCUUUUCGAUAUGGUGGUCGGGAAGGAUGUCAGUGUUCUGCAGGGCUGUGGACUGGGAGGAACGUCUCUUAUAAACGCUAAUGUCGGUCUCGAGUGCGACAUCCGGGUCUUUGAUGAUGAGCGCUGGCCAAAGGAACUUCGCGAGGACUUAACCGUGAUGUAUGGCGAUGACAGGCAGCAUGUAUAUGAUAUGUUAAAACCGGAGAGAUACCCAAAUGACUUCCCUGAACUUUCCAAGAUGAAAGCGCUUAAACUAGGAGCUGCCCACCUCAUCAAAGAUAUCGAGGAUUUACACGUUUCUGAUGUUUUCAGCAGGGUGCCGCUAUAUGUCAACUUUAAACAUGCUGAGAAGAACGAAUUUGGAAUACCCCAGCCUGCAUGCAACGGGUGUGGCAAUUGUGUUGGAGGGUGCAACGUAGGGGCGAAGAACACCCUCAACUUCAAUUAUCUGCCAGACGCAAGAACAUUUGGUGCUGACAUCUUCACGCAGGCUAGAGUAAAAGCAGUUCUUCGUGAAGAAUCUAAAGGCAUGUGGAAGGUGUUUUACGAAGUGCUGGUCCAGGAUGUCUUCCAUGUGGUCGAGCAGACAGUACGGGCAAAAUUUGUCAUCCUCGGCGCGGGUUCUCUUGGAUCCACCAAUAUCUUGAUGAACUCUGCUGAACGAGGCUUGCAGCUCUCUGACAAACUCGGAGAAGGAUUCACGACAAACGGUGACGCUGUAAACUUUAGUUACAAUACGGCACAUAAAGUCAAAUGCGUCGGUGUCAAAACGAGUGACGCCAAGCCAGGACAUGGUCCAGGGCCUUGCAUUGCAUCUGUCGUUGAUAUGAGGCUCCCUAAUGCCCCACUGGAAGACGGAUACGUACUUGAGGAUGGGACACCCCCUGUCGCUUGGGAGGCUCCUUUGAAAAUACUUCUCAAGACCACACCUGGAAUAAAGCUCUCUCAUGGCAACAACACACGUGAAGCACUACGUGCCAUAUCUGGUAAGGCCGUCAAGAACACUUUAUCUGUCCUUUCAAUGAGCCAUGAUUCUGCAGAUGGAAAACUGGUUCAUGACAAGGUCAGUGGGCGAGUCACGGUUGAUUUCCCAAUGGUUGGAUGUGGAGAUAACUUUCAAAAGAUCUUCGAAGGGUCGAAGAAGUUGACAUCUGCUUUGGAAGGACAUCACAUCCCCAACCCAUUCUGGAAAGGUAUGCUGAGUGAGCUGAGGAAUACCAAGGGUGUCAUUACAGUACACCCACUUGGUGGUUGCUGCAUGGGCGAGUCUGGAAAGCAAGGUGUCGUCAACCAUGCCGGUCAAGUUUUCGUUGGCAAUUUCGACAACGUCUACCCUGGCCUUCUUGUAGUUGAUGGAGCAAUCAUGCCAAGGAGCCUUGGUGUGAAUCCAACACUGACAAUUGCCAUGGUUGCUGAACGAUGUAUACGUCUUCUAGCAAACAGACAGGGUUGGACCAUAGACUAUCCAUCUAGACGAAACAUAGCUACAGUAUACAGGAAGACCAAACCCGGAUUCCGCUUCACAGAGAAGAUGACUGGGAAACUGAUUAUUGGUAACGAGAAGGCCCAAUUUCACUUCAAACUUACCAUCGAAUCGAAAGAUAUAUACCACAUGCUGAUUCUCGAUCCUAACCACCGCGCCGGAAUCUUCGGUAUUGUCAAGUGUGAUGCACUGUCAAAUACGCCGCUGACUGUUUCUGAUGGCGUCUUUCAGUUGUUUGCAGAGAGCGAAGACAGGGUUGAGACCAAAGAAAUGAUCUACAAAAUGACCUUGACCGAUGGAGAGGGACACGUUUUCUACUUCCAUGGUGAAAAAUGCAUCCAUAAGAAUGGUGUCCUAGCAACGGGUCUUACAGAUACGACGCAUAUGAACUUCACCGUGACGAAGGGGUCCGAUGCGUCAUCAGAGAAAGUCGGGGAAGGUAAGCUAAAACUCAAAAUCCGUGACUUCAUGAAACAGCUCACCACCAUCGAGGUCACCAACUGCAACAAUGCCAAAGAGAGAUUGAGAUGGAAGACCAAAUUCUGCAAAUUCUUCGCUGGCUCUCUAUGGGAGGUCUAUGGCAUAUUCAGUCCUUCCACAACACCGUUUGAUCCCGAUGCAUCUCCGAGGGAAAGAAGACUCCUACAGAUGGAUCAAGAUGACAUUGUUCCCAUGGAGCUUCCUGCAGGAGAUGGUGUACCACUUGUCCUAACGCGUUACAGAGGUGGGGAGAAAGGUCCUAUUCUACUACUUCAUGGGCUAGGUGUUUCAAGUCGCAUCUUCACUAUUGACACAAUCAACAAGAAUCUGGUGGAGUACCUGGUAGAAAAAGGAUUUGACGUUUGGUCCUUGGAUAUGCGGUACUCAAUAUCGCUGCCGUCUCACAAGAAUGGAUGCACUGUCAUAGAUGCAGCAGAGUUCGAUGUUCCCGUUGCAAUUGACCACAUUCUUCAGGCGACCAAAAUAGCCAGCGUCCAGAUCUUCGGCCAUGGAGUCGGAUCCCUGGUUGCAUUUGCUUCACUCCUUGGAGGUUAUCUCACCAAAGAGAAAGUCAGUAGUAUUGUAUCAUCUCAGCUUGGGUUUGUAGUCAAGCCCUCUGCAUCAUCCACUACCGGUCCAAACUUCAUUGGCGAUGGUGUUGAUGCGUACACCGACACUAACGAGAACUGGAUGGGGAGAGUGUUCAAUGUCAUAUCGGACAGAUAUGCCAGCUUUGUGACGUCAGCUAAGGAACAUUGUGACAGCCACGUUUGUCACCGUGUCACUUUCUUGUAUCGGCCGUCUUGGCAGCACAGUAAUCUGAACAAGAGUACUCAUGACACCUUGCACGAAUGGAACGGCUUCACGAACAAAGAUCUCUUCAAGCACCUUGCAAAGUCUUCUAACAAGAAGGUGCUGUGCAACCGUGAUGGGGACAAGCCUCUCAUUCCCAAGUAUGACGCAAAGAACUACCAUGAGCAUACAGAGUACAAGGAAGCUAUGUCACGCCUCAACGUUCCCAUCCUUUACUUCAUGGGAGAGAAGAACAGUCGUUGGGAUAAGAAGUCUGUCCAACGUAGCCACCAAAGAUGCCAGGAAAGUCAUCCAGAUCAGCACUAUGAAUGCUUCAUGGUACCUGGUUAUAACCACUUAGACUGUAUCGUUGGCAAGAACGCCGAAAAAGAUGUCUUUCCACGAUUCUUGCCAUUCCUCGAGAAAUACUCAAUACCGCAUGACAUAUCUGAUAACACAGAUUUAUAAACUGCCUCACUGGGAAAAGAACCCGAUGGAUUUAUUUGUCACCAGUUGUUUGGGUUUGUCGUUGUGUACAUAAACUUAUCUUAUUUAUCAUUCCACUAUAUAUAGCAUAUUACAUUAAACUUGAUGAAACUAAUACACUGAUGCAGUAAUCCUUAUCCUGGAGGGAUAUAAUAUACAGUGCGUCCCAGAAAAAAAGAAACCGAGAUUAAGCGAUGAC